AUGGGUAUUAAAGGUUUGCAGGGAUUUGUGGCAAGAGUUUGCCCUGAUGCAUGCAGAACAGUAGAUCUGAGAGAGAUGGCAGAAAAACAUCGCAUCGAUCAUCCUGAUUUCCCGCCUGUUAUCGUAGUAGAUGCUAUGAGUUGUGUUAGAUACUGGUACACACCAGAGUCCUGGGUGUGCGGUGGCCAGUGGCGGGAGUACCUUGCCAGUUUAGAGAAUUUUAUUAAAGCUUUUAUGGCAGCUGGUAUCAAGUUGGUGUUUUACUUUGAUGGAGUGGUAGAAGAGAAAAAGAGAGAUGAGUGGAUCAAACGGAGGUUGCAGAAUAACGAGGAAAUAGCCAGAAUAUUUGAGUUUAUCAAGACUCACAGGAAACAACCAGGGAGAGGAAUGUUCACUGUUCCUUCAGCUUUGCCUACUUUUACACGUUUUGCUCUGAAGUCCCUUGGUCAAACAACAGUAUGCACAUUGCAAGAGGCAGACUUUGAGGUGGCUGCGUAUGGUUUGCAACAUAACUGCAUAGGAAUUCUUGGGCAAGAUAGCGACUACCUUAUCUAUAAUACAUGCCCCUACUUUUCCAUUGAGAAGCUCCGUUUGGACAGACUGGUCACUGUUAUGUACUCUCGAGAAGAUCUUUGCCAUGCGUUGGGUCUUAGUCUGACACACCUCCCUCUCUUUGCUUGCUUGCUUGGCAAUGAUGUUGUUCCAGAAAGCUUGUUGGAAGGCUUUUGGCAUAAAUGUUUAGUCACCAGCCCCCACAGGAAUAACAGCUACAACAGAAGAACAAACAUACUUUUAGCUGUAGCAAACUACAUCUCAAAAGUUCCAUGCUCGUACAGCAGCCUGAAACACUUGGAAGAGAUGCUACCUUUGGGAUCAGACCAGGGACUACUUUACAGAGGAGUGGAGUCCUAUCUUUUGCCCGGGCAGCAAUCUCCAUGGAUUCCUCCCAACUUAACAAAUUCCCAAACGUUCUCCCUUCAACAACAAACAGCCCUCUGUCAAGAUAAGGAAAUCUUUCAGUUAGCGAAAGAACAGCAUAUCCAAUCUGAAAAUUAUACAAUCUUCAAUAUCCUGAGUAAUGGAAAGAUUGAGUGCAGCAACUCUUUGGAAGAUGAAUGUGAUACAGAGAUUCCUGGACAGGCACUUAUCUACCGCCCUGCUCGUCAGCAUAUUUAUUCUGUCUUGUUGGAAUCUGGCAAAGGUGGAGCCUAUCCUUUGGUAAAAGAGUGGUUUGUCUAUUUUGGAAAUCCGCUUCAGCAGCCGGAGCUGAUACAGCCUGUACAACCUUCUAUUCCAGGUGGAACACCUAAUUUGAAAACACUGUGGUUUGCCAAAGGACCUGACGUGGAAAAGCAACGGUAUAGUACAUUUCUGGCAUGCUUUCACCUUCAUGCCGAGAUGGAAGAGCUCCAAGCUCUAGAAGCACCUGUUGCAGCCUUCUGCUGCUUGCUGGCCUAUCUUAUGAUGCAGGUCAGUAGCCUCUCUCUGGAGGACUUAAAUGCAUUUGUGGCAGUCAUUCUCUGCCUCAAAGGGAAGACAGCUGCUCAACUGGCAGGUUUGCAGCUUGCACAAGUGGACUCCCGAGCUGUACAUCUUGGCGCUGUCUUUGUUCGUGGCCUUACAACUUUGCUCAUGGCCAAUAGUGCCUGUGGCUUUCCGUUCAGAAUGGAUGAUUUGAUGCCUUGGGAAGUGUUUGAUGGAAAACUUUUUCAAGAAAAAUACCAGCAGUCGCACCGAGGUUGCUCUUUGGAACAGCUUUUGGAAGGCAAUGAGUCUUUGUAUACACCUUUCCAGAAUCUGAAGUCUUUCAUUUGCAAGGCUUGCAUGGCGAAGAAAAGAACAAUACAGAGCAGACCAAGAGGGAAUGGAUUUAUCACAGGAAGACAACAGAGAGAAUUUAAUCCCAGGUUCCAGGAAACACAUAGAAGUUCUUUUAUUCCUCCAUAUCAUAACCAGAUGAGGGGGUUCCUAUGGAGAAAUCCUCAACCGCAAGGUAGAGAACAUAGAUUGGGACAUCCAGACCGGAGGACUAGAUUCCACCUUCCUCCUCGGUAA